ACCAGAGCAGCCAGGCUUGACAGCAGCCUGAGACAUCUCCUGAGGAAGAGCCUAGAGGGCAGCAGAGACCAUGGAGCUCACCUUAGCAUCUCUCCAUAAAGGGCAGGUCCCCUGGAAGGGACUCCUGCUUGCAGCCUCACUUUUAACCUAUUGGAUCUCUCUUGCCACUGCCCAAGUCAUUGUUGAAGUAAAUCCACUCAAAGUUGAAGAAGGGGAAAACGUUUAUCUACAGAUCCCAAAUCUGCCAUCGGAAGCCCAAGUCACUUACUGGUACAAGGGGAACAAAGACAAUGCAGAAAGUGAAAUUGCACGGUUCAUAAAUUCCAGUAGUAAAUCUAUUCCAGGGCCUCUAAACAGUGGCAGAGAGAAAGUAUACCAGAAUGGAUCCCUGCUCUUACAGAAAGUCACUAAGAAAGACGCUGGAACCUACACAGUACAUCUUCUAUUGAAAUCCUUUGAUACUCUCACGGGGACUGUGAACUUAAAAGUAAACGCACCCCUGUCCAACAUCACAAGCAACAAUUCCAAUGCCAUGGAGGGUGAGGACUCAGUAACAUUAAUGAGUGAGCCCAAGACUAAGAAGACAACCUACUUGUGGCGGAUAAAUGGCCAAAGACUCUCAGAAGAUGAUAGGCUGAAGCUGUCUGAGGGUAACAGGACUCUCACUUUAUUCACUGUUGUGAUACCUGACACAGAACCCUCUAAGGGUGAAACCCGGAAUCUAGUGAGCAACUCCCGAAGUGACCAUUACCUCUGA